AUGUUUAUGCUAUUUGUUAAUUUCUUUAUGUUUAUAUUGAUACCGUCGUUAUUACUAACACUUACAACAUCUCGUUGGUGUAUAGUGGGUAAUAAAAUUCAAUGUGAUUGUGAUACCAACAAUACCAAACACAAAGUUGUUGAUAAUCAUGGUGUCGUGUUAUUGAACAACUUUCAAUAUGAUGAAAUCACAAUUAAAUGUUUAAAACUAAAAGAAAUGCAAAUUAUAUAUGAUGAUAGUAUUAGUGAACUUAUUUUUACCCUUAACAACACCAAAGUCACAUUUCUAAACACAAAACAGGUUUUUGAUAAUGUAAACAAUUCGACUUUUGAAAUCAAUUCAAAUUGGGUGAGACAAUACAGUUAUCUCAAAACAAGUUCCAAUAAAAAAGAUAUCACAUGUGGUUCAACAUUACAAAAAAACUGUUUAGAGUGUGUUAGUUACAACGGAAACGAUUGUUAUCGUUGUGAAGAUGGUUAUCAAGUUUCAAGUUGUGAUGGUGGUUCUAUUGUAAAAUGUUUUCUUCAAAAUAACACUAACUGUCUUCCAAUUUGUGGAGAUAGUGGACUUUCUUCAUGGAACAAAAACGGUCAAUGUAUUUCGACAAAUUGUCAAACUUAUAGUGACACAAAUUAUUGUAUUUCGUGUAAACAAAAUUAUUUACUUUAUGAUGGAAAGUGUUAUCCAAAAGCAACAAAUUGUGCAAUUUAUCAAAAUCAAUAUUGGUGCAGUCAAUGUAACCCGGGAUAUUUUCCAUAUUAUUACAAUUGUGUUCCAUGUGGAUAUAUGGAGGGGUGCACAAGUUGCAGUCAAAAUCAUUACAAAACGUGUUAUUCAUGUAGCAAUGGGUAUUACCUCAAAGAAGAAGGAUAUUAUAAAAUAUGCAAGAAGUGUUCUUCUAAUUGUGCCUAUUGUAACCAAGAUUAUAAUGGGAAUUUAAAAUGUUCAAGUUGUGAUGGUGGUUAUUAUUUGGUUAAUAAUGGAUGUUUAUCGUGUGGUGCUGGAUGCAAAAGUUGUAAUUCUGGACAAAGUGGCAAAACUAAAUGUAAUAAUUGUUUUGAUCAUUUCUAUAAUAACAACAGUCAAAUUUGCACAAUAUGUGAUUCAACAUGUGGCAACUGCAAUUGGGGAACGGGGAUAUGCACCACGUGUGCUUCUGGAUACGUUUUGAAAACCACAGAAAGCACAAAGUGUGAAUUGUGCAAUAGUUACGACAGUAAUUGUGAAACUUGCCUUGAACCGAACAGGCAGUGUUAUCAGUGUGUCUCUGGAAUGUACCCAAAUACCAAUAAACAAUGUAUUAAUUGUGAUUUGUCAUGUAGUAUGUGUUCUCAAACAACUGGGAAGUGUUCCGUGUGUGCAAGUGGAUUUACAAAACCUGUUUCAGACAACCAAAUUUGUGACAGUUGCUCAACUGCUUUCCCCAAUUGUAUUUCGUGUUCACAAACGCUCAGACAAUGCCAAACAUGUUCAACGGGAUUUUAUCCACUUCAGACAUCACCAUAUACGUGCCAACAGUGUCACUCAAGUUGUGCAAAUAGAUGCAACUCGUCAACUGGAUAUUGCACAACGUGUGUGAGUGGAUAUGUCCCACAACUCAAUCAACCAUCUCUAACGUGUGAGUUGUGUUCUUCUUUUGAUACCAAUUGUCAGACUUGUGCCACUGAUGGAACACGAAGUUGCACUUUGUGUAAAAGCACUUAUUAUAUUUCUGAUAACAAAAAGUGUUCAAAAUGUGAUGCGUCUUGUGAUUACAAAUGUGAUGGGAAUACUGGAUAUUGUACUUCGUGUGCAUCAAAGUAUGUUUUUAUUAUUCCACCUUCGGGAGUGUGCCAAAAGUGCAGUGAGUUUGAUUCAAAUUGCGGUUUAUGUGCAAGUAACUUCAGUCGCAAAUGUUUAAUUUGCAACACGGGGUUUUAUCCAAACAACAGUGGAAAGUGUGUUUCAUGUGCGACAAAUUGCACAAGGUGUAAUUCAGCAACUAGUAUUUGCACGUUGUGUGCAUCAGAAAACGUGUUUGAAGACUCCCCAUCAAGAGUGUGUGUGUUUUGUAAAUCAUUUGAUAACAAAUGUGAAACGUGUCAAAAUGGUGGAAAUAGAAGUUGUGUGACAUGUAUGGCGGGGUAUUAUCCAGGUACAACAGGACAGUGUAUUUCAUGUGAUACAACUUGUCAAACAAACACAUGUAAUACAAAUGACGGGUUGUGUACAAAAUGUGUUCAAAACUAUGUUGUGACAUCUCCAACUUCUAAAACAUGCCAGAGAUGUUCAGAUUUUGAUUCAAAAUGCAAAACGUGUGCAACUGAUUUCACAAGAAAAUGUAUUGAGUGCAACACCAAUUAUCAUCCAGUCAAUGGAAGAUGUGUUGUGUGUGAUUCAUCAUGUGGAGGGAGUUGUAAUGGUGUGACUGGAGUUUGCACUGGUUGUGCUUCAAAUUAUGUACCGACAUUACUCGAUCCUUCCAAAUGUGAGCAGUGCUCAACUUUUGAUGAAAAUUGCACCACUUGUGCAGCAGGAGAACGACAGUGUUCGGUAUGCAAAUCGUCCAAAUAUCCCGAUGAGAUAACUGGAGUGUGUAAAAACUGCAGUUGGACGUGUAAUAACAACUGUGAUCCAUCAACAGGAAUAUGCACAAGUUGUGUUUCAAAUUAUGUUUUUGAGAAUCCAAAAUCGAAAGUGUGUGUUCCCUGCAAAACAUUUGAUGCGAAUUGCAAUACAUGUUCGUCAGACAAACAACGAAGUUGUACCAUUUGUGAGAGUAAUUAUUACCCAAAACAAGGGCAGUGUGUACCAUGUGACUACGGGUGCACCACUUGUAGUUCCACAACGGGAAAAUGUUCGGCGUGUCAAACAAACUUUGUGCCUUCAACUGUGAAUAACACGGCGUGUGUUCCAUGUGCAGAUUUUGAUAAGAAUUGCAAAACAUGCACAACAUUAUUUGAGCGAUACUGCAACGAGUGCAAUGACCAUUUCAAGCCUUCUGUUGAUGGGGUUUGUGUCGGUUGUGAUGCUACUUGUGACAACAAUUGUGAUACAAUGUAUGGAACUUGCACCACAUGUUUUACAAAUUACGUUGUCACAUCGCCGCUAUCAUACAAAUGCGAUAAUUGUAGUGUUUUCGAUCAAUAUUGUGAUGUGUGUGCGUCAGAUUUCUCAAGAAAGUGUGUGACGUGUCGAGGCGGCAAAUACCCCAAAGAUGGUGUUAAUUGCGCCAAUUGUGAUUCAACCUGUGGAAAUCAGUGCGAUGGUAAAAAUGGUCAUUGCACUGGGUGUGUCACCAAUUAUGUGUUGUCUGUCACAAACAGUUUACAAUGUGAGAGUUGCGUGUCUUUUGAUGCAAAUUGUCAAACUUGUUCGCCAGACUUUACAAGAAAAUGUGUGACAUGUGUUUCUGGAUAUUUUGUGUUUGAAAACAAAUGUAAGAAGUGUGACGACACGUGCAACAAUCAGUGUGACAGCUCUACUGGAUUUUGCACUGGAUGUCAGAACAACAUGGUCUUUGGUGAUACAAACCAAAGCAUUUGUGUUGCUUGUACUGCAUUUGAUCCAAAUUGCUUUAUCUGCGACUCGUCUUUCAAUAGAGGUUGCAACACGUGUACAAACAGACACUAUGUUGAUAGUACAACCAAAAAGUGUAUACCAUGUAGUAGUGAAUGUGAUCAAUGUAAUGGACGAACAGGAGCAUGCACCAAUUGUUUGAAUAAUUAUGUAACAAGUUUAACAUCAGGUGGUUGUGAAAGCUGUGAUUCAUUUGAUUCCAAUUGUAAAUUCUGCGCUCAAAACCAAACACGAAAUUGCAUUCAAUGCAACGACACGUAUUAUCCCGUGUUAACAAGUGGAGAAAUGAAAUGUGGUUUGUGUGACUCGACGUGUGGAGGGAAUUGUGAUCCAACGGACGGUCAUUGCACAGGGUGCCAAAACAACUAUGUUUUGUAUGAAACAAACAAUCUGAAGUGCCAAAAAUGCUCUGAUUUUGAUAGCGACUGUGUCACAUGCAACUCCAAUUAUGAGAGAACUUGUACCACAUGCAACACGGGGUAUUAUCCAAAUGCAGAGGGGAAAUGCAUACCAUGUGAAGCAUCGUGUGCACCAAACACGUGUAACACGUCAAAUGGCAAUUGUGACAAAUGCACUGAAAAUAAAGUCAUCACAAGUCCAAUUUCAAAUGUUUGCGUUGAUUGCACUGCUUUUGAUUCAAGGUGUGUGACGUGUUCACCAUUAUUUGUAAGAAAGUGUGUCAAAUGUGUUGCUGGUAGUUACCCACAAACCGCUGGCGAUUUCAGAUGUAAAUAUUGUGAUGCCACAUGUGGAGGAAAGUGUGACACGACAAAUGGACAUUGUACUGGGUGUAACGAAUCGUAUGUUCCAACAACAUCAGAUCCGUUUAAGUGUGAAA